ACUUGACAGAGUGUGCUGGAUGAGGCUGAGCGACGGGAGUGCCCCAUUCACACUCCCUUUACAUUUACGUACAACAGAGGAUCUCCCAGGAAGGACUGUAAAUUAACUGGUCACGGUGCAUGGAGACAUAUGUGUGAUGAAAAAACCAGCCCGGAUGCAUCUGUUCACUGCACUUAUCGGGAAAACUAUGACUCUUUCAAACGACUAACGAUUUAGGAUACUGUUUUUACUUUUGCGUGCAUCCAAACCGGCCAUUCAUUCAUUUUUAAAAGGUGCUGCACCCGUCUGGUUUUAUAUAAAGCCGCCCUCUCUCCUGCUCUCUUUUUCUACGUCCUGCGGUGAAGAUGGAUACCCGCUCUUCUUCCUCCAGGUACCCGCUACUGGUGCUUCUCUGUGCGGUGUGUUCACUGUCGGGGAGCCGGAGUCCCGUGGCUGCUGCUGGGAGGAGCUGUGCCGACACCCGGCAGGUGUACGCGGAGAAGGGCUACAGCACAGGAACCGCUCCGGUGACUCAAAUCUCUGGUGAGCACCUGCGGCUCUGUCCUCAGGACUACACCUGCUGCUCCAGUCAGAUGGAGGAAACGCUGGCCCUGCAGAGCGAGAGGGACUUCCUAAAGGCCAUCGAGGAGAACAGCCAGUUCCUUUUGACUACUUUUACCCAGAGACACCGCAGGUUUGAUGAGUUCUUCAGAGAGCUCAUUGAGUUGUCAGAGAAGUCAAUGAACCAGAUGUUUACCAAGACCUACGGCCGGCUCUUCACCCAGAACGCACACGUGUUCCAGGAGCUGUUUGUGGAGCUGCGCAGAUAUUAUUCUGGAGGAAGUGUGAGUCUGUCAGACGUCCUCUCAGACUUCUGGUCCAGGCUAGUGGAGCGGGUCUUCUCUCUGGUUAACCCCCAGUAUCAGUUCAGUGAGGACUACCUGGAGUGUGUCAGUAAACACGCCGAACAGCUGCAACCAUUUGGGGAUGUGCCCCGCAGACUGCGUGUACAAGUGUCAAGGGCUUUCAUUGCAGCCCGAGCUUUAUCUCAGGGCUUGGCUACUGGUCGGGAUAUUGUUAACAAAGCAACAAAGUUGACUGCAGAAUCGGAGUGUGUGCGAGGCCUGAUGCGUCAGUGGUACUGCCCCUUGUGUCGGGGCAUGCCCUCGCUGCGGCCAUGCCACUCCCUGUGCCUUAACGUGAUGAAGGGCUGCUUAGCCAAUCAGGGCGACCUGGAAACCGAAUGGAACAAUUUCAUAGAUGCUCUGUACCAGGUUUCAGAGAAGUUGGAAGGUCCGUUCAACAUGGAGCUUGCCGCCGACUCCAUCUCUGUGAAAGUGUCGGAGGCCAUCAUGCACAUGCAGGAAAACAGCGUCACCAUCUCCACUCAGGUGUUUCAAGGUUGUGGAAGCCCCCGUCCAGCUCCAGGACGGUCCAAACGCUCCCCUAAAGAGUCAGGGGGAAACAGGAGGCCCUUCCGCACCUACACCCCCGAGGAGAAACCCACCACUGCUGCAGGCACCAACCUGGACCGACUGGUUACCGAGCUGAAGGAAAGACUGCGGCCUAUGCGUGGCUUCUGGGUGUCCCUCCCACACACCAUCUGCAACGAUGAGAGGAUGGCUGCCGACGUCACCAAUGAGGACCGCUGCUGGAACGGGCAGACCCGGGGGAGGUACCUACCGGAUGUGAUGGGCGACGGGUUGGCCAGCCAAAUCAACAACCCCGAGGUGGAGGUGGACAUUUCCCGGCCGGAUGUGAGGACCAGGCAGCUGAUCAUGGAGCUGAGGGUGGUGACCAACAAACUGAGAAACGCUCAGAGCGGAAAGGACAUGGACUUCAUGGACAGUGAGGAGGGCAGUGGCUCAGGAGGUGGAGAUCAGGGGGAAAGGUACAAUGACGAUUGGCCCGGCUAUGGGCCUUACUCCCCGCCCUAUAACCAACCCCCUCGCAGCCCCGCUUCAAACCCAGCAAAGCCACCUCGGGUCCGAGAAAGAAACGGGUCCAAAUGGAACAAAAACAACGGCCAAGGUCGGAUCAAAUCUGCAACCAGCCAGCUGUCUUUCUCCCUGGUUCCUUUGUUGUUGUUGCCUUGCAUGGUCACUGUUGCCCCCAUGUGGAGAUAGCUGGUGAAUACAGUCUGUAGGUGGAGGUUUAACGUCACACUGGAGUCUACAGCACAUUAUGAUGAAAGAAGUCAUUCCACUUUGUAAAACCAGCAGGAAAAAAUAAGACACAAUCAGGCUAAUUUAGCAAUAAUUAAAAACCUGUUAACAGCACAAAAACAAUGAAUAUCAUUCCUACUGCCCGAGCCACAAAAGAGGUAUAACCAGGCAUUGAUUAUUAUAAACAAUAACUUAGAAGUACUGCCAUUUUCGGUGUCAUUCAUUUGACCUAUUGGAGUGUUGAAGCUGAAUGUAAUGCAGGAGCAUAUAAGUCUGAGAGAGAAACAAAAAGUACAAGAGCAGGAAAUGAUUUAGCUCAUGGUUUGAUUGUCUUUUAAAUGGAGAGAUGUCACCCCCAUGUUAUUUCAGUGAGCAGGCUAAUCCUAUGCGAGUGGUUUAUUGCUGCUUUUCUCAUGAAAUGAAGUUAAUUAGUUUAAUCGAUCUUGGUUUCAGUGCGGUUGUGGUUCAUUUUAAUCUUGUGGAAGUAGUAGGAUUUCAUUUAUUUAAACCUCAGUAUUUUGGCAAGGAGAUUAAAAAGAAAGUCAAUAGUGUGACUCUUGAAACCAAACAAGGGGCUUAUUUUGAAUGUACCUAUAAACUCAAAUUACUUUGGGGUUACUUGUGACGACUAGGGGUUAACUAAUGUAAUAUAUUGAUGUUUUUAAUUUAUUUGUAAUAUCAUAUUUCAUGUUCUUAUCAUUUGGCAAGGGUUGAUUGGUGUUCUCUUUUUAAAAGUGUCGGUCUUUUUACUCUGUGGUAUGAAAAAGGAAAAAACAAGUUGUAUUUAUUGAUCAUUUCCAUGAACCAAUCAUUAUGAAAUACUGUUACUGAACUAAUAACAUCCAAACAUUUCAUUAGCCUACUUUACAAUAAUGGGCCAAAAGAUCAUUCAUCAUUUUCAGCCAGAGAUUGUUAAGGAGAAGUGUGUGUGUGUGUGUGUGUGUGUGUGUGUGUGUGUGUGUGUGUGUGUGUGUGUGUGUGUGUGUGUGUGUGUGUGUGUGUGUGUGUGUGUGUGUGUGUGUGUGUGUGUGUGUGUGUGUGUGUGUGUGUGUGUGUGUGUGUGUGUGUGUGUGUGUGUGUGUGUGUGUGU